GAGUUCGGUUCCGUAACUGGUAGUGCGUUAGACGGCGUGGCCGGCGGUGUGUUUGACAUCGUAGCCGGCAGUGCGUUCGAGGCCGUGGCUGGCAUCGGUAAACCCCAUAAGUCCGUGGUGGGAGGAACGCGUCAAGAAUACCAUUAUCUAGGUUAUACUCAGUACCACAUAACGUAUUCGAUGGAGGGAAAUGGCGAGCUUGUGUAG